AGAUUCUCAUCUUUGCUUCAUCGGACAUGAUACUUUUGAUUUCAGUUCUUGCAUCCAAGCUUUUUUCUUUUUCUGAUUGUCUCUAAUGGGCAAUUGCUUUGAUUCUUCCGCAAAAGUAGAUAGCAGAGAAAGUCCUUGUCGUGGUUUAUCAAGAAUCUCUGCCAAAAGAAGUCAAUCGUCUCGGUUUUCAAGCUUAACCAUACAAUCACCAUCUUACAACGACGACAGAAGUUUGGCGUCUCUUCAAACGCCGAGAAGUGAAGGAGAGCUCUUAGCAUCUCCCACGCUAAAGGCGUUUACAUUUAACGAGCUAAAGACAGCCACUAGGAAUUUCAGACCCGAUAGUGUUAUUGGUGAAGGCGGUUUUGGUUAUGUCUACAAAGGAUGGAUCGAUGAACGCACUUUAUCGCCUUCAAAACCGGGGUCAGGCAUGGUCGUUGCUGUCAAAAAACUUAAUGAAGACGGGUUUCAAGGACACAGGCAGUGGUUGGAAUUCAAUGCAAAGCUUUCUGAUUUUGGAUUGGCGAAAGUAGGACCAACUGGAGACAGAACACACGUAUCAACCCAAGUGAUGGGAACUCAAGGCUAUGCAGCACCUGAAUACGUUGCCACUGGUCGGAUAACGGCCAAAAGCGACGUCUACAGCUUCGGUGUGGUCUUGCUCGAGUUACUGUCGGGACGUCCGUCCAUAGACAAAUCGAAAGUAGGAGUGGAACGAAAUCUGGUUGAUUGGUCAAGACCUUACUUAGGAGACAAAAGGAAAGUGUUUAGGAUAAUGGACACAAAGCUUGGGGGACAAUAUCCUCACAAAGGAGCUUGUUUGGCUGCUAAUACUGCGUUGCAAUGUCUUAAUCAAGAACCUAAGUUGAGGCCAAAGAUGUAUGAUGUGUUAUCUACUCUUGAAGAGUUGGAGAUGACGUUGAAGUCGGGUUCUACUUCAAACUCGGUCAUGACAUUGACAUCUUCUUCCUCUUCUUUGACGGCGAAACAGAGAGUUAGAGCUCCGGUUGCUGAUGCGGUGUUGUCUACUAGAAGAUGUCGACGUGUUCGAAAAAUGCUGAAACUUCCAAGUCCAAAAUGUGCCACCAGUGUCAACGGACCGACAGAGGAAGUGUCGUGGAAUGUAAGCAUUGCAGGAAGAAGCUUUAUUGCAUCGCAUGCUUACGAAUUGGGGAUGGAGAUUGAAGAGGUGAAGCCCCAAGCCACUAAUUGUUUACCUGAUGAAAGACUACACUGCGACAUUUGCAAGACCCCAAUCUUUGAUAUUCAUAGGAGUUGCUCUAGUUGUUCGUCUGAUAUCUGUCUUACAUGUUGCCUCGAGAUCCGUAAUGAAAAGCUUCAGGCAUGUCAAGAGGAUGUAUCUUGGAAUUAUUAUAUUAACAGAGGUUUAGAGUAUGCACAUGGAGAAAAGGGAAAGUUAAAACGUAUACUUCCAAUUGACUGGGCGUCUGAUUUGGUCAAGGAAGUAGAAAAUGCUGCUGAAGCUAACAAGCUUUUGGAUUUACCUGAAACGGUUAUGGAGCGAUGCCCUUGUGUUACCUCUCAUGGAUACAUUGAUAAAGCCAACAAUAAACGGUUAAAGGCUGCCUGUCGAGAAGGUUCAGAAGACAAUUAUCUAUAUUGUCCAAGUGUAAGAGAUGUUCAACAAGAUGAUUUGAAUCAUUUUCAGCAUCACUGGAUAAACUUCACCGAGCAUGGAAUACGUCCUGAAGUUAAUGUUGUUGAUUGUCUAGACAUCUCUGAGGGAACAAUUCAUCCUCGUGAAUUCUUUACUGGUUAUACAGAAGGCCGUUAUGAUUGCAAGGAUUGGCCACAAGUUCUGAAACUGAAAGAUCAGCUUCUUGCUAAGUCCUUCAAAGAUAACUCGCCACGCCAUUGGGAGGAGUUCUUAUGCAGUUUGCCUUUGAAGCAGUAUACUCACCCAGGUUAUGGACCUUUGAAUCUCGCUGUAAAAUUUCCCGAAAGUUGCUUGGAGCCGGACAUGGGGCCAAAUACUCACCCAGGUUAUGGACCUUAUGGAUUUGCUGAAGAAUUUGGUCGUGGAGAUUCUGUCACUAAGCUGCACUGCGACUUCUCUGAUGUGGUGAAUGUUUUAAUGCACAUAUGUGAAGUGCCCAUCAAAAACAAGAACACAAUGAAAAGAAUAGAAAAACUGAAAGAGCAGCAUGCUGAACAAGAUCUCAGGGAGCUGUUUUGUUCAGAAGUUAAACAAUGAGGUUCUUGAACAAACUAGUGAAGAAGUCGAAUAUUUUGAAACUGAUGAAGGGGCUCUUUGGGACAUUUUCCGUAGAGAAGAUGUUCCAAAAUUAGAAAAGUGCCUCGAGAAACAUCACAAGGAGUUCAGACAUAUGUACUGUUGCCCCUUAACUCAGGACUCAGUGGAUUUGAGCAAUUGAGGUCAUUGUAGCUCUCUUGUUUCUUGCAGUCUUGCAUAAAGAUAGGGCAUGGGUUUGUCUCACCUGAAAAUGUGAGUGAGUGUUUACGCUUAUCAAAUGAAUAUGGUCUACUUCC